CCUAAAAUGCACCUCACCAUCGGCAGUUAUCUUCCGUUCUGCUGUUAUUAAUGCCGGAUAUAGAAUCUCUGGAACUCAUGUGAAUCCAUUGGGGUUGAAGACAGAUGCCCCCAUGGACGUUAUUUGGGACAUCAUGCGAUGCUGGGUUAAAAGUCAUCCCGUCAAAGAACAACCUUCAGAUCAGCCUGGAAGUGUGAUACUGGCCAAGGAACCGGCUUUCCAAGCAAAUUUUGCUCGAGCUGUCGCAUCUCUGAGCAAGGCACAAGCCAAGAAGGUUGCGCGCUUCCUUCCAAACCCUGAAAGGCAUUGGGGUCCAAGGCUGAGAGCAGGUCAUCAAAUCACCAGCAUUUCUCUCUUGGGUCCGGAGGCGGUAAAUGGAUCUCUCAAGCAUGAUGACCACGAUGAUGAUGAAGAGGCUCAAGGUGAAGCUAAGCGUCGAAAGACUGAUGAUCGCACCUUAGUUUCAUGAUAUUGACUAAAUAGAGUGUCUAACUUGGGCUUAAAUUCUAUUCAAUUUGCAGUCGUCCUAAAUUUUGAUCUCGGGUUUUGCUAGGCCGGCUCCAAUGGAGGAAUGCCCUUCUUUGCGGCCUAUAUUGUCAUUUAUUCUUGUAAUGUGACAUAGAGUCUAGAACUUUCCGUUGAUUUAUUACCUGCCUUAGCUCCAUGGCUGUGUAAUUUAAACCAUGCUCUUUGGCCAAGUGAAGCUUU